ACCCGCGCGAGUCCGGUUUCCGGCGGGAGCGCUGACCGCCGGCCAGGGAACGUGCGCUGUCCUCCGGUAUCCGCCAAAAUGCCUCACAUGGAAAACGUGGUGCUUUGUCGCGAGUCUCAAGUGUCUACUCUGCAGUCCCUAUUUGGAGAGAGACAUCAUUUUAGCUUUCCAUCGAUUUUUAUUUAUGGACAUACUGCCAGUGGAAAGACCUAUGUAACACAAACUUUGUUGAAAACUUUAGAGCUCCCACAUGUCUUUGUGAAUUGUGUUGAAUGCUUUACCUUGAGUCUGCUUUUGGAACCAAUUUUAAACAAGUUGAAUCCUCUUAGUUCUUUAGAGGAUGGAUGCUCUACUCAAAUAACCUGUGAAACAUUUAAUGACUUUGUUCGCUUGUUUAAGCAAGUAACUGAAACUGAAAAUCUCAAGGAUCAAACUGUAUAUAUUGUUCUAGAUAAAGCAGAGUAUCUACGAGAUAUGGAAGCAAAUCUUUUGCCUGGGUUUCUUAGGUUACAAGAAUUGACCGACAGAAAUGUGACUGUCAUCUUUCUCAGUGAAAUUGUCUGGGAAAAGUUCCGUCCAAAUACUGGGUGCUUUGAGCCAUUUGUCUUGUAUUUUCCUGAUUAUAGCAUAGGGAACCUUCAAAAGAUCCUGUCGCAUGAUCAUCCUCCAGAGUAUACUGCCGAUUUCUAUGCUGCCUACAUUAAUAUUCUCCUGGGAGUUUUCUACACCGUCUGCCGGGAUUUGAAUGAGCUCAGACAUCUGGCAGUACUUAAUUUUCCUAAGUAUUGUGAACCUGUGGUAAAAGGAGAAGCCAGUGAACGUGAUACUCGCAAACUCUGGAGAAAUAUUGAACCUCAUUUGAAGAAAGCCAUGCAGACUGUUUACCUCAGGGAGAUAUCAAGUUCACAGUGGGAAAAGCUACAGAAAGAUGACACAGAUCCAGGACAGCUGAAAGGUCUCUCAGCACAUACUCAUGUGGAACUUCCAUAUUAUUCUAAGUUUAUUCUAAUUGCUGCAUACCUUGCUUCAUACAAUCCAGCAAGAACUGAUAAGAGGUUCUUCCUUAAGCAUCAUGGGAAAAUCAAGAAAACCAACUUUCUAAAGAAACAUGAGAAGACAAGCAAUCAUCUCCUUGGACCAAAACCAUUUCCGCUAGACAGAUUAUUAGCAAUACUAUAUAGUAUUGUGGAUAGCAGAGUUGCUCCAACAGCAAAUAUCUUUUCCCAGAUCACCUCUCUAGUGACCCUUCAGCUAUUAACCCUGGUUGGCCAUGAUGAUCAGCUUGAUGGACCAAAAUACAAAUGCACAGUGUCUCUAGAUUUCAUCAGAGCUGUUGCUAGGACAGUGAACUUUGACAUAAUAAAAUACUUGUAUGAUUUCUUGUGAGAACAAGCGUCAAAGCCAUAUGGACACUGUGACAAUGACUAAGCCAAGCUGUGUUCAUCCAGCUCCUUAGCUGGCCAAGGAGAGGAGUUCUUCGGCUCUAUUGGAUUUGUCCAGACAGGUGCUGGCCCAGCAUGGAAUCUGAUGAAAAUACUCUGAUUGGCCUGGGUGGAUGUGAGCAGAAGACUAUUUAUCAGGGACCCUGGAGUAUUUGGAAGCAACGUGUUAAUUAUAAACAGCAGGGUUUGAGCACAAUCUGUUCUACUCUUAAUGAUGUUAUCUUAACACUGAAAUUGCCUGAAACUCAUUUACUUAGGACUACAUUUUGCUCUGUGAACUAUCCCCUGCGCUUUGGACGUGCCGGCAGCCCUUGUAUAUAGGCUUCACCUUUUCACUUCCUCUCCACAGGAGCCUCUGUAGUUGAUUGCCAAGGCAGAUUUUCCUAAGGCCCCUGUUUUAAAAGACCAUAGUUGCAAAAUAUAAUAAAUAGACGAUUUUUUUUUUAAUUCAAGCUUUUAUAUGCUGAUCCUUCUCUCUGGUUUUCCCAAAAGACAGUUGAGAUAUAGGCCAACUUUACAUCUUGAAGCCUACUUGAUAACUACUCUAUGUGAGGCUUUAUCUGCUCACUCUUGCAAUUAACCACCCAACCUAGCUUUUCAAUCCAUGUGAUGGUUUUCUUCUCUUCAUCACUGGCCUCUAAGAGUUCCACAAUAAAAUUUUUGCCUGUUAUAUCA